AUGACCUUAGACGGGCCGCUGCCGGCCACCACCACGUUGGUCAUUCUGACCAGUGACCCGGAAGUGGCUCGGGGCUUAAAGGCAAAGAUGAAAGACUCAUACAGCAUCAAGGCCACACACUGGGACAAAGAGGAAAUGACACAACUCUUCCAGAGAACUCUUCAUCAGAGAAAAAGAACAAUGACCGAUUCCCAAGGCCUUAACGUCCUCUCUUUCUUCUCCAACCGUUCCCUCCCUCUCUACGCUGUUCUAGCUGGCAGGCUGGUGGCCACCUGGAACGCAUCCACCGACAUUGUGUUAGAGGAUAUUCCCGAUUCUGUAGAAGGAAUGAUCAGCCUGCUGUUUGAGAUGUUGGAAAAAGCUUUAACCAAAGACGGCUUUAGCGCCACCAUGGCCUAUCUGACGAGCUCCUACGCCGGUGUGAGUGUGAGCGAGAUGAACGAUUUGUUGUCCGUUAACGACUCCGUCUUGCUGGGCAUCUAUUCGGACCAGGGAGACCCGCCCAUCAACAGAGCGCCGUCUGUUUUGUGGGAGGCCAUCUCUUUUUAUCUCCGGGAAUUCAUGCACUCUUUCACAUCUCGCGAGUUCACCACCUGCUCUUGGGCCAGUCGCUCGUUUCGGAGCUGCGCGAAGAAAAGAUAUCUGACCACCGGUCCGGGUACGGCAAUCGUUCACCGGGAGAUCAGCGAUUACUUCCAAGGACGCUGGGCGGGGAAGAAGAAACCGUACCCGAGCCCCGUGGAAGAAAUCGAGUUGUUACAAGAUCGUUUCAUCAUGCCGCAAGCAGAGAGGUACGGGAAGUUUCUCAACGUGAGAAAGUUUAUGUGUCUGCCUUAUCACCUGAUCCACAGCCGAAACAAGAGCUCUUACACAUUGGAGACGUGUUUCUUCAACCUGCCCUGGAUUGAGGACAAACUCUGUGCCACAUCCGUCCUUCACCUCAUCUGUGAUCUCGAGCAAGCCAAGUCAAUGGAUCCGUCCUCGUCUCCGAUACUCUCGUCCAUGCAACGAGACAUCGGGAGAUGCUCCAAAACUCUCUCCGUGAGCGGGGGUGAAAUCUACAAAUGUCUCACGCUGACAGUGGCAGAGAAGGGGAAUUCUGGGAGCAAGAAAACCAAGUCGUGUGAUCAUUCCGUUCUGUUGAAAACUCUGCACGCUCCUCCUCGCCCCUUGCUGCACGUCCUGCCGGAGGAGGAGGUGAGUCAGGAGUCCCUGGUCAACCCUCACAUGCCUCUACCGGAGAUCACGGCCAUGGUGCCGGUGUCACCCUCGGGGAAUCACGUGGCCGUUCUCCUUAGGUCAGAGGGCGAGAUAAAAGUUUUGAACUCCAGCACCAACGAAACAGAGAGGACUCUUCUGGGACUGGACCACCCUCAAGCGCUGCAGAUGGUGGAAGGGUCAAAGGCACUAGUGUUGUGCAAUAGAGAGCUUGUGAUUCUUGACCUGGACGAGGGUCGCUUUGUGACGAAGCUGAGGGGAGUGCUCAAUCUGAGGCUUCCUUUGUUCGGUCUCCAGAGCCAGCAGCGAGUGGUCACUCUGUCUAGAGACCGAAUGGUGGUCAACAUAUUGGACAUCACCACGGGCGGGGUCGUCACCACCUUCAAG